AUGGGUGUGUCAUGUGGAAAUACAACUCGGCUGAUCUUUAUGCUAGUGCUUGUUAUAAUUUAUUUCCUGGUCGAGUUGGUCGUUGGAAUUUCUAUACAUUCUAUCUCUCUGGUCGCAGAUUCGUUUCACAUGUUAUCUGAUUGUCUUGCUUUGGUAAUUGGAAUCGUAGCAUCUCAGAUAGCCAAAUGGCCUCGGUCGUCUAGAAAUACUUUUGGAUGGCAGCGAGCUGAAGUGAUGGGCAGUUUGAUCAACACGGUCGUUUUAAUUACAUUAUGCAUGACUAUUCUUUUGAGGGCUAUUGAACGAUUUAUUGAGACUCAGGCAAUUGAAAGUCCUCAAAUGAUGGUAUAUGUUGGUUGUGGAGGUCUCCUGGUUAACAUACUAGGACUUAUUGUUCUUGGCGGUCAUUCACAUGAGGGUUCACACGGCGGGAUCGAUUCGGCGGUAGACGCAUCCCUAACACCAACAGCCUUCGGUACUACUUUGCCAUUAAAUAAUACUGAUGAAGCCUUUUUACAAGUUAAUUCGACACAGCCCAUUUCAGGAGUGAACAAUGUGUAUGAUAUAAUGGAUGGUAAUGCCCUACAACGUUUUACCGAUAAGGACCAACAGGAUAAUUUUGAGGCAUCACAACUUGAUACCAACCAACAAAAGGUUGCUAUUAAAAUCAAACAUAAUCACUCGAAAAAGUCACAUAAAAGCUCGAUGAACAUGCAAGCCGUAUUUCUUCAUGUGUUGGCUGAUUUCAUGGGUUCCGUUAUCGUAGUAGUCAGCGCACUUGUAUUAUUGUUAGUCCCCGGUGAGGUUUCCAAAGGUGAAGCAUUAUGGAAGUUGUAUAUUGAUCCAUCUAUGAGCAUACUCAUGGUUACCAUAAUCUUGAUUACUGCUAUACCCCUCAUGUAUAAAGCUACAUUAAUUUUACUACAAUCUGUUCCUAGUGAGAUUUGUUUAACAAAUCUUAAGACUCGUAUGGAAAAUAUUGAUGGAAUUCAUAAAAUUCAUGAUCUGCAUGUAUGGCGUUUACAAAGCAAUUGUAUUAUUGGUACUGUUCACAUUCGUUGCGUUAGCUUACCGGACUAUUUAAGUAUUGCUCGUGAAGUGAAACAACUAUUCCACGAAUUCAAUAUACACUGUACAACAAUACAACCGGAAUUUGAAGAGAACAUUGAAGGAUCAAUGGCAAAUACAGAUUAUCGCACAUGUGUGUUGGAUUGUGGUCCAAACAAGAAUUGUCAAUCAGAUACUUGUUGUCCAGCAUCUAAUGUCACAGAAGUACAAUUCAUCUCAUCAAAUUUCAAUUCUGCAUCACAGAAUUCAUUCAAUUUACCACAAAACAACACUUCUAACACAUCUAAAAAUGAACAGGAUAAUUUACCCAAUAAUGACGUACACAUUAAUCUUUCAAAAAUUUCUGGUAGUUGA